AUGGACCCAAAUCCCCGGGCAGCCCUGGAGCGCCAGCAGCUCCGCCUUCGGGAGCGGCAGAAAUUCUUUGAGGACAUUUUACAGCCAGAGACAGAGUUUGUCUUCCCCCUGUCCCACCUGCAUCUCGAGUCGCAGAGACCCCCCAUAGGUAGUAUCUCAUCCAUGGAAGUGAAUGUGGAUGCCCUGGAGCAGGUAGAACUUAUUGACCUUGGGGACCAAGAUGGAGCAGAUGUGUUCUUGCCUUGCGAAGACCCUCCACCAACCCCCCAGACGUCUGGGAUGGACGACCGUCCAGAGGAGCUGGGCCUGCCAACGGCCACGCCAGACAGGACCGCAUCCCGCACCUCCUCCUCGUCUUCUGACGACUCCACCAACCUGCACAGCCCAAAUCCCAGUGACGGUGGAGCGGACACACCCUUGGCACAGUCUGAUGAGGAAGAGGAUGGGGCCGAUGGGGGGGCAGAGCCUGGAGCUUGCAGCUAGCAGUGGGCGUCCAUGUAUAGACUGAGCGGGCUGGCUCUUCCACACAGGAGACGAGAGGCCCAGCCAGAGCCCUGCGGAGAAGACCAGACUCUUUACUUGCAGCAGGCACCGGGGGGAGGCAAGGAUGGUGGGAUGGUGAGCCUCUCUGGGAAUCAACCCUCCUGCUUUACUGCUAACCUUUCCUGCUGCGACCCGCCCCCCCCCCCCCCCCCCCGCCAGUUUUUGGCUUUACUCCUGAGGCAGGGCUUGCAGGCGCGGAGAUGGAAGAUGAGGUAGGACAAGAUGCCGCUGCUUUUCCUAGCGCCCCUGCCUCCCCCAGACUAUCCUGCAGUCUUCUGAUAGAGUCUCCUAUACCAGUGUCUCUAAGUGGACGUGAACUCCUAGCACUCCCCAUGCGGUGGUACCCCUGCUCCCCACCCCCUGUUUGGGAACAGGGCACGGAAUAAGUAAUAAACAGAUAAUAAUAUA